AUAAAUAUUUGACCAAUCACAUUUCUUAAAAAAUCCGUUUCUCCUUUUACAAGGACUUUGUCUCUUUCACUGAAAGCAAUUCAGAAAACAGAGAAUCAAUUAAUCUAUGGCGGAGAAGAGUUUCAAAUACGUGAUCGUCGGUGGUGGUGUCGCCGCCGGAUAUGCAGCUAGGGAGUUUGGAAAGCAGGGGGUUCAGCCAGGUGAAUUGGCAAUCAUCUCCAAGGAGGCGGUAGCUCCUUAUGAACGUCCCGCACUUAGCAAGGCAUAUCUUUUCCCUGAGGGAACUGCAAGGCUUCCAGGAUUCCAUGUCUGUGUUGGGAGUGGAGGGGAGAGGCUGCUUCCCGAGUGGUACAAGGAGAAAGGAAUAGAGUUGAUCCUUGGCACAGAAAUAGUUAAAGCAGAUCUUGCUGCCAAGACUCUCACAAGUGCAGCUGGAGAAAUCUUCAAGUAUAAUAUUUUGAUUGUCGCAACUGGCUCUACUGUUAUAAGAUUGUCAGAUUUUGGUGUCAAAGGUGCUGAUGCCAAAAAUAUCUUCUACUUGAGAGAAAUUGACGAUGCUGAUAAGCUUGUAGAAGCAAUUAGAGCGAAGCAAAAUGGGAAGGCUGUGGUUGUUGGAGGCGGAUACAUUGGUCUUGAACUUAGUGCGGCACUGAGAAUUAACAAUCUUGAUGUUACCAUGGUUUAUCCUGAACCUUGGUGCAUGCCUCGCCUUUUUACUGCGGGCAUAGCUGCUUUCUAUGAGGGGUACUAUGCUGAUAAGGGAAUCAAGAUUAUCAAGGGAACAGUUGCUGUUGGUUUUACCUCUGAUUCGAAUGGAGAGGUAAAGGAAGUGCAACUUAAGGAUGGUAGGGUGUUAGAAGCUGAUAUUGUUAUUGUUGGUGUUGGUGGAAGGCCACUUACAACAUUAUUCAAAGGACAGGUUGAAGAGGAUAAAGGUGGAAUAAAGACUGAUGCAUUUUUUAAAACAAGUGUUCCGGAUGUGUAUGCUGUUGGUGACGUAGCUACUUUUCCUUUGAAAUUGUACAAUGAGUUGAGAAGAGUAGAACACGUUGACCAUGCCCGAAAAUCAGCAGAGCAAGCUGUGAAGGCCAUUAAAGCAAGCGAGGAGGGGAAAACAAUUGAUGAGUAUGAUUACCUUCCAUACUUCUACUCUCGUUCGUUUAGUCUGUCCUGGCAAUUCUACGGUGACAAUGUUGGUGAGACUGUGCUCUUUGGAGACAGUGAUCCAAAAUCACCAAAUCCUAAGUUUGGAUCAUACUGGAUUAAAGAUGGAAAGGUCAUUGGAGCUUUUCUAGAAGGUGGAAGUCCUGAUGAAAACCAGGCUAUUGCUAAAGUCGCAAAACUCCAACCAGCUGUUGAUAAUUUGGAUCAGCUGACAAAAGAAGGUCUUGCCUUUGCCUCUAAGAUUUGAUUUUGAUUGUUUCCUUAUCAAAUAUGGCACUCUCGUGGCUUUUUCGUUUUAGCACUUUCAGAUUGUUGCAUAAAAUCUUUUAACUCUUAUCAUUUUCUUUGGUUAUGAUGUACACGAUUUUGGUUGGGAUGAUUAUUGUCUUGUUAAUUAAAUUUAUAUAAAA